AUGUUGGCUGUGAACAUUUUGAAGCAGCAGUUGCGAGUUUUGCCAAAAUUCGGAUCGUAUCUUCAUCUGCAGCCGGCACAUCAUGCUUCGAUUCAGUACCUCUUACCAGCGUCAACUUCAAAUCUUCAGCUGGAACGACAUUCUUCCAGCUUUUUCAGUAAAAAUCCCGGCGAUCAGAUUUGGAAAGGUCUCCUCUCUGUGAGUAAUGCAGGUCGAAGAAGAGGUCGUGGAAGAGGCGCCAACCGCAAGACCUACAAAGACCUCAACAAGGGCCAAACUAUUGGCGUAGGCGAAAAGAAUUUUCUUUGGCCUGGUCUUAAUGCGCCCGUCAUCAAAGGCACAGAAGUGGUCAACCACCAGGAACUGAAACCUGAUCCAAAGUACAAGGAGAAUAUUCUCAAAAUUCGCGAUCAGAUGGAUAAAAAGAAUCGAGCUUUUGUUCAUCCUCUGGAAAGAGGCUGGAGCGGCACUAAAUUGCUUGGUAAAUGGAUCGGCCCGCCUGACCCGAUUGCUGGUGAUGAGUUUGUGGGCUUUGACACAAAAGUACUUGUGGUAAAGCCAAUUUUCUACAUGAAACCCAACUUUGGCCGAACGAAAAAAAUUUCAGUUCUCACAGUUACCGGUAAUGGUAAUGGACUUGUUGGUUACGGCGUCGCCAAGUCAAAGGAUAUGCGGACUGCAAUCAACAACUCAAAGAAUAAAGCCGGACAGCGUUUGUUCCGCGUUGAACUGGAAAGCAACCAAACUUAUGCUACUGUUCUGCAUGACUUUCACUCGAGAUUUGGCAGCACUAAAGUGUUUGUUGAAAAGAAGCCUCCCGGAUACGGCCUUUCUGCUCACCGAUGCAUUCGAAGCAUUUGCAAUGUCCUUGGCAUUACCGAUAUCAAGUGUAAAGUGGAGGGUGCAGAGAGAAACUACCUGAAUGUCACUCGCGCCUUUCUUUUGGGUCUAAUCAACCAGAAAAGUUUCCAGCAGAUGGCCGAUGAAAAGAACUUGAAUGUAGUUGAGUUUAAUGAAAACAUGAGCAAAUACCCGGUCGUCCGUGCAAGACCCUCCAAUGGUAAAGUCCGCACGGAUCAGCAGAUUGGUCCAAAUGAAAUACUUGAUUUCAGCAUCUACAUUCAUGACGGCAAAGUGAAAGAGCAGUCGAUUUUGACGCCCAUGUUCUACACGAAGCAUAAAGGCUGGAGAAACUACAUGAAAAAGUUCAAUUACCGCAAAAGUCGCGAACAGGUGCGCAUUCAACUGAUUGCCAAGUACGGCCAGUUGGACAGCUACCUGACUGUUCGUGAAAAGCAACGAAUUCAAGCAAAACGAGAGGCUUUCUCCACCAACCAGCAGUCUGCAGAGUGA